UCAAAAGCAUUUUAUUUUAAAACUUCCAAAUAAUCAUGUACCCUACUGACUGAUAGCCUCAUCAAAUUCCUUAGUAAUAUUGGUGCAAAUUCAAUUAAAUUAUUUCGCGUUAAGAUGGAGAUUAAUUUUAAAAAUAAAAGAGUACUUGUAACGGGAGCAGGAAGAGGUAUAGGACGGGAACUAUGCAAAAGACUGGUUGUAUGUGGAGCUAAGGUAGUUGCAGUAUCCAAAUCAAAAGAGCCUCUGGAUUCUCUUGUAGAAGAAUGUCCAUCAAUUGAGGCUGUGCUGUUAGAUAUUGGCGCUGAUUGGCACAAAACAGCUGAAGUGAUUGAAAAACUAGGAACUUUCGACUGCCUUGUGAACAACGCUGCGGUGGCAAUAUGUUCUCCUUUCCUUGAAGUGAAACCAGAGGAAAUUGAUGAAAUGUUUAAAGUAAAUGUGAAAGCUGUGAUUAAUGUAACUCAAGCGGUAACAAAAGGCAUGGUCAAAGCUGGUAAAGCAGGCAGCAUUGUUAAUGUGUCUUCACAAGCUUCCAAGGCAGCCUUGAAGAAUCAUACGGUUUACUGUGGUACAAAGGGAGCUCUGGACGCCAUUUCUGGUGUGAUGGCACUAGAACUGGGGACUUACGGUAUCCGGGUCAAUUGUGUAAACCCUACCGUGGUGUUGACGGACAUGGGCCGUGAACACUGGACAGACAAAAAGGCUGAGGAAAUGCUUGAUAAGAUACCACUCCACAGGUUUGCAGAGGUGUCUGAGGUAGUAAAUACCAUAAUUUUCCUCCUGAGUGAUGUUGCUCCAAUGGUGAACGCUGUCACACUUCCUGUAGACGGAGGCUUCCUGGCUUGCUAACAAUACUUAUGUUCACAAAUACUCAUAUUGAACAAUCAAGUCUUCCACUACGUUCUAUUGAUCAUCAACUAUUAGUGAUUUUAAUGCUUUUCCAGCAUAUUUAGAUGGAUAAAGUGUUAAAUUUGGAUUAGUAAUCUCGGUAGAAAACCAUAGUGUGAUAAAAAGUAUUUUGGUGCCUGUUAACUUCAAAUAUAUUUUUGUCAUGUAUCAGUUACCAAAAUGUAAUUUUUCAUGAAUCUAUUUUUAUUAUAUUUUUUUAUUAAAGAACAUACUUGUCUUUU